AUGAAUGCGGCUCAGCUGCGCGCUGACAAGGGCUCGGCGGACCGAAAACAGCAGCUCGAGGCCGGAUGCGCCUGCUACUGGGGGUUGCUGCUGCGGAUGCAGAGGCGGGCGGACAGCGGCUCUCGUUCAAACAAACGUCGUGAGCCUGGGAUGGAGCGCGCCGCCGUGCGUGGGCUGGAGGCGCUCAGGCAAGACGAGGACCCCCGUUCACGCUCAAGCCACGUUCGACACGCGGCGCAAGGUGGUCCGAACGAGUUUCAGGAGAACGUGAAGGGUGUCUCAACCCCCCAAUGCGGAAACGCUGCAGACAGACACCUGCAGACGUCGUCCCAGGCCCUCGAAACACUUCCCCCGCCUGUUGGGUAUAACUGCGCGGAUGCGCGCUCGGGAGUCCGCCCUUCACAAGCCCUGCUAGCACUCGGCCACAUCCCGACGCCUCCUGCAACUGCAACUGCAACUGCAACUGCAAUCUGCAAUCUGCCCACCGCGAACGUCAACGCUCCGAGUCCUGUGCCCGCGCUCCCUCGUGCCCCGCUGUUCCGCCUCGCAUUGCCGUGUUUCAGACUGAUUUGGCACGCUGGCCGCUGGCUCUUGCACUGGAGCCCGCGCCGGGGCAGCUCACCAUAACUCUCCGGGCAGCAGCC